UUUUGAGAUCUUUGAAGCAAAUGGAAUAUCCUGAAGAGGAUUACUAUAAAUUAAACCGAUUUUUUCUAUCGGUUAGCGGACUAUGGCCUUAUCAAAGCAAGCGGCGCGCUCAUUUAAUAAGAGCUGUUAUCACGAUCGUCAUGUUGUCGUCUGCAAUUUUUCAGAUUUCGAGCUUGUUUACACAUUACGUCACUGUAGACUUUUUAGUAGAUGGAUUACCAUCACUUAUGCUUGCAUUGGGCAGUCUGAGCAACUUGUAUAUGCGUAUCACAAAUGUAGACAAAUUUAGAGAAUUAUUCGAGCAGAUGUCAAAAGACUGGGCAUUGCAAAAGACACGCGAUGAAAUCAAGAUUAUGCACGAACAUGCUGAGACUUCAAGAUUAUUCACAUUAUGUUAUAUGAGUAAGAGAAACAUAAAAUCUCACUUUGUCUACAGAGGAAAAAGACAGGCAUUUCUACCUGUCAAAUCAAGAGUGUAUUUCUGUGUAUAAAACUGCAAUAAUCGUGUUUUUCAUUAUAAACAUGAAGCAUAUGUAUCGUACACAUAAAUUUCAAUAAGCAACAGACGACAUUUAUUCUAGCUAUUCAUAAUCACAAUUUCAUCUUCACAACACAUUUAUAAUUGCUAUUUAAUUCAAUUAUUAUAAUUGCUCAGUUAAUUAAACGGAAAAUUUUCUAAGCAUAAUUUAUUUGAUUUAAUAAAUAUUAUUCACUCUUAAAACUGAUUUUUCCUAUAUCUUUUAAAACAUCAAAAAAACAUUUUAUUGAGUUUAUAUAUCAUAUAAGAGAAACUUAUUAAGUCAUUAGAGCUUGAGUAUAUUAUAUAGCAGAGAUGAUGUUUAUAUAAAUUAAAAUUUUGAGAAUAAAAUUUUAUUUUAGAUAUAUUUUCGGUAUUUUAAUUUGAGAUCUUAGAGGAAAAUCUGUAAUAGCGAGACACUUGGUAAACUUUAACUUGUUACAAGAUAGAAAUAAAUCUUCCUUUAAGGGAUAUUCUCGCUUUUGAGUUAAAAUUAUUUUUAAUGUAUUUUUUAAUAUAUAGUUUGAACGUUGAUAGAGAAAGCAGAUUAAAGGUAAGAGACUUGUAUGUUUUUAUUAACAUAUAAACAGUUUGCAAAAUUAGAAACGUUUUUCUCAAAGCAUUUUAAAAAAUUUUAUUGUCACAAUUCAUACUUUUAAUCCAAUUAAAUCAAAAUUUGUGGUAGAUAUUCAUAAUAUAUUCUCCUUUCUUAUCCCAAUUACAAUCAAAUAAAUUUAACUUUAAUUUUUCCGAAAGAAAGUCUCGAAAAAUUGAAUUCUUUUUCAGAAAAAAAAAUCGUCUUCACGAAGAUUAAUUUGUUAACUUGUUUGUAACUUGGAUGAGAACUACAUAUAAAUUAAGAUUUUUUUUUACCUUUUUCUGAUAAUUUCUGUAUCUUGAAUCAUCAGUAAAAUGGUAUUUUUUCUACUCAUACUGCUUAAUGGCAAUUAAAUCAUGUUUUGCUUGUAAGAUUUAAUCACAAAGGAUUAAAGAGGUAAUAGAGUUAAAAAUAAAUAAACAAUUUAAAUAAAAAAAUUGUUUAACGUAAAUAAAUGACGCUGUUAGACCGAAUAAGGAAAACAAUUAAAAUAAUUUAUAAGUAAUAAUAAAUUUAAUAGAAAUGUGACUACUUUAUUACAUUUAAAGAUUUUUAGCAGCGCCAAGUUUUUGUACAUUAAAAUUUGU